CUCCCGGUCUGCGCAGGCGCAGUUUCUCCUCCUGGGGUAUGGAAGUGGCGGCGCCGCUUCUGUGUCUGGCGGCGGCUGUCCUGGUAUGGGGCGUCCUCUGGGUUUGGGGCUCCUGGCAGCGAGUGACGAGGCCGGAGCAGGCUGGCCUGCCCGGAGGCGGAAGCCGGACACUUCUGGUGACGGCGCACCCCGACGAUGAAGCCAUGUUCUUUGCUCCCACUAUUCUAGGCUUGGCCCGCCUGCGGCACCAGUUGUUCCUGCUCUGCUUCUCUGCAGGAAAUUACUACAAUCAAGGGGAGAUCCGUAAGAAGGAACUCUUGCAGAGCUGUGAUGUUCUGGGGAUUCCCCCCUCCAACGUAAUGAUUAUUGAAAACAGGGAUUUCCCAGAUGACCCAGACGUGCACUGGGACCCAGAGCGGGCAGGUGAUGUCCUCCUCCGGCAUGUAGAGACCAACGGCAUCAAGCUGGUGGUGACCUUCGAUGAGGGGGGCGUGAGCGGGCACAGCAACCAUGUGGCUCUGAAUGCAGCUGUGAGGACCCUGCAUGCAGAAGGGAAGUUACCUAAAGGGUGCUCAGUGCUCAUGCUCCAGUCUGUGAACCUGCUGCGCAAAUACCUCUGUCUGCUGGACCUACCCUGCUCCCUGCUGCUCGCCCGCGACGCCCUCUUCGUGCUCACCCAACUCGAGGCAGCCCAGGCCCAGAUGCUGCAGCUAUGGAAAGACACGAGCAGACCCCGGACGGUGAACAACCCUAUGUGCCCUCUGGGUUUCCCAGUCCCAGGAGCCUGCCGACCACAGAGAAACUGACAAGGAGGCCUAGGUGCCCUGACCUCCUCUGCACAUCAGAGGAAGCCCAGCUCCAGGGCCCACAGGUCAUCAGAAGUAAACGUAAGUCCCUUGUUUUAGUCCGCCUUUUACGAAACUCUAAUUCCACACGAAGUCCUCUAACAGCUUAUUCCAUAGGGCUGCUUCUUCUAUCUGUUAGUACUGGGUCAGGUCCCCGUGGGAGGAAUUCCAUGGAAUUUAUUUAUUCUUCACAUAUAACCCAGGCACCAUGGCACCAAGGGGCAGAAAGAACUGGCUAUUGUUGAACAGUUAGUUUCACACCAACCACAGGUCAGAAGUCGAGCCUGGAGGGCCUGACCUAUCACACGGUGGGCAGGUGCUGACAGCGGGCCCUCUGCUGACCCUGGUAGCGUCACUUGCCUCACCUAGACAUAAGGGCCAGGUGGCCUGGGGCAUGGCAAGCUUCCAGGUGUGCAUGUGCUUGCCUCACCCCACCCAGUUCUGUGGAGUUCUGCAGACUCUGCCCAAGGCCUUUCAUCCAGCAUCCAGCCCGACCAUCUUCAGGGUACUACUCUCUCCCACACAUGGGUGGCACUCUUCUCUGAGAAACUGCCUGGCCUGACUUGAGGGACCCCUCCACAUCCCCUGAGGCUGUGCUGCAGGACUUGAGCUGUGUCACGCACAUUAGCCUCCCUCCAUCUUUAAAAUUUUUAAUGAAAACAUCUAACACACAUAAAAGGAAAAAACAGAACAUGAACCUUUAUGUACCCAUCACCUGACCCCAAUUCCCUGCUCACGGCCAUGGUGGUUUCACCUGGAUCCCAACUCCCCAGAUGAUGCUAAAGCGCCUUCACCGCGCUGUGUCCUCUGAAACAAUGUAGGAAGAUACUCACUUGCAGUCAAAGAUGUGCAGGUCAGCCGAGGCCCAAACUUCAAAGCGCACCGCCCCACAGUGGCAGCCUCCUGUGUGUUUCACCAGGCCCUGGUAUUCGCUGGAAGGAGCAGAAAUCAGAAAGAUUAGGAUUCCUUAGCGGUCAGGCCGCAGUGGAAAGAGAGCAACAAGAUGGAACUGGAGUCUUCACGGGACAAUGGGGACACGUUUCUGCUUUUGAGGAGGUGCCCUCAGUUUUAUAAAAGGAUUCAGUGCC